UGUGACAUGCAUCCUCUGCUUCCAUAACAUGUGAAAUCGGAAAGAAGCCAAAUGGAGUGAGCCCUCCACCCUUCAUCUUCCUCCCUAUAAAGCCAGUGGCAAGCAGACCAGUCUAAGCCGGAGCAUAGAAUCAUGGACUGGUACUCCUGGUUGUCCAACUCCAGCCUUGAGCCGUACCUUGUUUACGAGUAUGGGCUCCUGUUGACGAACAACGAGCUCGAGGAGGAGGACAUAGCAUACUUCGACCAUUCCUUCCUCCAGAGCAUGGGCAUCGCCGUAGCCAAGCACAGGUUGGAGAUCCUCAAACUCACCAAGAUGGACAGGAGGGUGCCUCCACUUCCUGUCGCCAAGCUCGUAGCAGCCAUCAGGCAGUCCAAGAAUUGUCUCGCCAGGUACCUCCGCACGCUGUCGCGUGCCAAGAAUCCGGCGAUCUUGGUCGUCCCGACGACUCCAUACGGCGACCGCUGGGGAGGGGCCAUGUUGAGGAGGAAGACGAAGCUGGCGCUUCUGAGGCAGGGUAGGCUGAUGAUCACCGACCGUGGCAUGAGCAUCGCUCGUGUGCCUUCUCCAUCCCACAGCGCUAGCCCAAUGUUUCGCAGUCACCAUGACCAACGCAACGCUGCAGCUGCUGCCGACGAUGAUGGGUACUGGGAGACUGCAGUUGGAGACAUGAGGUGGGACGCCAUGUUUCAGAACUUGAAGCCCACAUAAGAACUGGUAUGCUGCAUGUGACCUUUCUCAUGCUGUAACCAAAUCAGGAGACUUCAUGAUCUUGCGAGGCUUGUGAGUUCGAUCCACCAUUCCUGGUGGAGGAGAAGAGUAUAUUUCUUUCCACAGCUGAAGUCAUGAUGAGAACCAAUAGAUGUUUACCACUGAAGUAAGAUUAGUAAGAUACUAAUAUCAAUCUGUUCUCAGGGCAAA